AUGGUUUCGAAACAGAAGAAAUCGAGUAUGGUAUUAUGAGGGAAUUCCAACAAUCAACAGCCUUAACAAGGCACCCUGUUCUCGCCCAUCGAAUUCCACACUCCAGGGGAUUCGAAGGAUCAAUUAACUCGACGGGUUGAUUCUGGCCUCAUCGAGAUCCGAUGGCAACUAUUUGACGAGCGUGGAUCAGGCAACACUAGGGGCCACUCACCGAAUCCUUCCGAAUUCUCACACCGAAUUCUUUCGAACACGCUCUCUUGGUCCACCGAAAUGAUUCUUGCCGGACGAAAGGAACCAGCUUUCGUGUAG